AGAGCCCAUGUCUCGCAUCAAGCAGGAACAGGUGAACCCACCACCACCGCCACGCGCCAUCACUCCACUUCCCCCGGCGACACACCGGAUCACGAUGGAUGAGUAUAAGAAGAGGGAGAAGAAAGACUAUUAUCGAGAUGCCACCAAGGACGCGAGUGUCAAGAAGGUUGUGCUCUCGCUGCUCAAGGACUAUCCCGACAUGUGGCAGAACGGUAAUCGAUUUCAGACUCGGAAGUGGCGAGCGCUCGGAGUUGAAGUGUAUCAGAGGACUGGGCAGAUUGUCGGUGGUGAGUUAGGGUUCGUCUCCGGGGAAGUUUCAAGUCCCGUGAGAUGUCGGGAUAUACUGGAGUGACGUCACACGGCUGUACCAUUGAAAAGUCACAAAUUACGAUAAAAUGUUUCAGUGGACGACAUGCGAAAGAUGUUUAUGUCGGGAAAAACCGUGCUCAAACAGAAAAUCACCUUCUGCAUCCGGAAUAUGAAGAUGGACCGCGCCGCUACCGAGGCCGACCUCCAGAAUUGGGAGUACUACCGUCACUUUCUCUACUACCGUCAGACGCUUGGCAAGUUUGAGGCGAAGCUUCGCGGUGAGCAGUGGAUCGGAGAAGAUCAAGUUGAAGACGAUGACGAAGAUGAUGUCAUAUUCGAUGGGGAGUCGUAAGGUGAUCUGAGCAAUCGAUUUCCAUCAUAAAAUGAGCAAUUCAAAAAAGGAAUUCGUCCUGCGAUUCGAUUUCAAAAAAGUCUGGCUCAUGAAGAAAAAAGAUCAAUAUACUAGUGAAGAGGAAGAUCAUUUCGGCAUCAAAUGGUGGCUGCGCGUAACUCGUGAUGAUCAAUUUCUCUAUGUGGAUUUGGAAAAAAGUGGAACGGGAUCCACUAAUUUUCAUGGAAACUUCAAUGUUCGUAUCGAGUCGGGUCAUGGAGUAAUUUCAGAGAAUUUCAAGUUUUCUGGAAGCAAAAGUGAUGCUGAAAUACCGUCAACUUCCGAUCGUUGUGAAUCCUUCAAAUGGAACAAGUUGGAUUAUUCAAAAUACCUUUCCAUCGAAGGACACGUGGAAAUUAUCGAUAUGACCGGCUAUCAUGAUUUCCAGAAGCGUGUGGAUUUCGGUAGUGACGUCACUAGACGGUUCGCUGAUACAGUGCUUAUUGUGAGAGGACAGAGGUUUUAUGUGCUGAAACAGCACCUCGCUCUGCAUUCUCCAUAUUUUAAAAAUCUCCUCAAAGAAUGUACAUUGGAUUCAGAAAUUCAACUUCCCGAUGUGGAUACAGAUGAUUUUCAGAAAUAUCUGGAAAUUUUGUACGGAUUUUCUACUAUUCAUGAUAAUUUCGUCGAAGGAAUCCUGCUUCUCGGUAAAUUUUUCGAGACGGAGAGAAUUAUUACGGCUUGCGAGAACUUUUUAAUCGAUAAAUCGAGCAAAUCAAUAAGAAAAUUGUUCGAGUUAUCUAAUAAAUUCCAUUUGAAGAAGCUUAAUAAGAAUUGCGUUGAAAACAUCAAAACAUCGACGGCUCUUCGUCUCAUGCUUCCACCGGAUGUUCUGACCAUUCAUCAUACUGCAAUAGUCGAGCUUUUCCGAAGAUCAAUGCAAUUUCAUUGAUUUUUCCUUCGAUUUUUUAAAUGUAUACUCCGAUGUUUUAAUGAAUGAUCACUCUUCGACAUU